AUGUAUUAUGCUGAAUCUGAACAAACUGACAACCCUAUAAAGGUAACGUUAUCGGGACAUUGCGUUAGAACAAGCAGGAUCGUAAAUGUUUUACCUAUUUUAGGACGGAAACAGUGUGUUCGAGAUUGUUUACAGAACGGUAAAUGCAAGUCAGUGAACUACCAAAAACAACAUCUGAAAUGUGAGCUGAUAUCAGCAAAACAUGGUGACCCGGGAUUUAGUUUAAUACUGGGUUCAGGUUGUGAGUACAUUGAAAUGGAAAAUCAGCCUCAGGAGUUUACUAAAUCCUGUGGGACAACCUCUUGUAGUGGACAUUGCACUUCUCUAACUAGCGGAAAACCAUUCUGUACACAAGAAUCUAAUGAAAAACGCCAAAGUAUAGAAUGUCCUUCAUCAUGGCAGGAUAUUGGGGACAAGAAAUAUUGCCUUGUAAACAAUGCACUCUCCUGGCAGGCCUCUCAAAAUAGCUGCAUUUCGAUGGGGGCAAAUCUUUUGGCAAUAGAAACCGAAGAAGAACAAUCUUGGAUUGGAGAAAAACGUAAAAUUUAUCUGUUGUCCUUGAUUGAUUAA